AUGGGUUUACAGCAUGCUCAGAGAGCAUCUUUGGCUCUCAUUCUCAACUAUGUGGCACUUGCCCUGGCAAUCUCAGCGGUCACCACCAGCUACUGGUGCGAGGGGACAAGAAAGGUGGUAAAGCCCUUCUGCACAGGGCCGGUGACAGUCCAGCAGUCAUACUGCAUUCGGUUUAACAGCUCCAACAUCAACGACACACGGCUGGUGCAGUACAUCUAUGAGACAGGAGAGGAGAAGUUCCUCAUGAGGAAGUUUCAUGCAGGUAUUUGGUUCUCCUGCGAACAAACAGUCGACUUAAUAGGAUUUAACUGUAGAGAGUUUUUAGAGAUCGCACCUGAUCAUGAAAGAGGGGUGCUUUGGCUGUGCAUUGUGGCAGAGAGUCUGUACAUUUCUCUGCUAUUUACUGGUGGAACUCUGAUGGUGAUAGAGAUGUGUCCCUGCUUUAACAUGAUGAACAGACUCAAGCUCAAUGCCUUUGCAGCUCUGUGCACUGCUCUCUCAGGCCUUUUUGGGAUGGUUGCCCACAUGAUGUUCACCACAUCUUUCCAGCUGGCUGUUAGUAUGGGUCCAGAGGACUGGAGACCUAAGACAUGGGACUACAGCUGGUCCUAUUUUUUGGCAUGGGGCUCGUUCGUUACCUGCAUGGGCUCGGCGGUCACAGCUUUAAACCGUUAUACCAAAACCAUCAUCAAGUUUAAGUUCAAGUGGCAGACCAUUGAGAAGAAACUAUGUAUCAAGCAGAAGAUUCUAGAGCUGGAUGUGCCAGAAGACCUUUGGUACAUCACUUCAUUUCCAGGACAAGCAGACCAACACACUGUCCUGUCUAUGAAUGGCAUUGAGUCAUUCUGCAUCAACUCCACAUUACUGGACAAUGAGGGCAGAGAAUACUGCUGA